AUGAAUUUUCUUGGGAGGACCACCAGAACUGUUGGAGCGUUGGGAUUCAGGAGAUUUGCGCGCUCAUAUGCAACAGAGUCCACAGGAGCAUCAGACAAGUUGCGUCUGAGCUUUGCCGUGCCUCACGAGACACUCUACGAUAAUGCUGAAGUCCAACAGGUCAACCUCUCCUCCACUGCCGGUGAUAUGGGCAUAUUAGCUAACCAUCUUGCCACGAUUCAACAACUGAAACCGGGUGUUGUGGAAGUUGUAGAAAAUUCAACUACAACCAAGAAGUUUUUCGUUAGUGGUGGUUUUGCGACGGUAAAUCCCGACUCUUCUUUAGACAUCAAUGCAGUUGAAGCUUUUCCACUCGAACAUUUUUCUAUCGAGGCUAUACGAGCUAAUCUAGCCGAAGCUCAGCGUAUAUCUGCUAGUAGUGCAACUGAAGCAGAUCGCGCUGCGGCAAGAGUUGAAGUUGAAGUUCUUGAAGCUUUACAGACUGCUCUUGGAAAGAGUUGA